AUGGAACUCGACAGCAACACCCCUCAAUAUUCCACCGCCGAUGCGACAAGCUUCGCGUCGGUAUCUGCGCGCGACCGCUGGCCCGUAAUUAUUACAGGUGCAAUCGACGAUCUUCACCGCACCGUCGCCGAUGUCACGGACGAGGAGAAGCGCAAGGAGGGAAAAAGCAUCAUUGAGAACCUGGCCAAACUAAAAUAUGAGCUGCAGCAUGAUCGCCAGCUGACGCCGCUACCGGACGAUGGGCAGCCUGAUAUCGUGGAAUAUAACGAGGAGCUGGAAAAGCGCGGGUCCCUCGUUUGGUUGAACGUGCCGUGGCUGUUCUCUGAAUGCUAUUUAUACCGACGCAUCAGUACUUUUUUUUCGCUGUCGAAGCAUUGGAGGGGCUAUGAUGUCUUUGCUCGCCAAAAGAUCGCCACGUUCAAGUCCUCCCGGCCUGCAGUGCUGGAACUCGCGGCUAGGUACAAAGAGCUGGUGACGGAAAUGGAGAAGGGCAAGGGGUUGGAUGGAGCAUCCGCGGAAGAAGUCGAGCAGAAAGAGAGACUGCUCUUUAAGGAGAUGUGCGAGAUCUGCCUGUGGGGGAACGCGACGGAUCUCUCCCUCCUGACCUCUCUCACAUACGAGGAUAUCCAGAAACUGCAGGGCUCCAAAGCUCGUAAGGCAGCGGAAGAGAACAUCAUCGUAAACAACCUCGACCUUGCCUUUGACAGCUUGCGCAACGCACAGAAGGAGAAGGGGAAGACCGCGGAUCGUCGCGUGGAUAUCGUCCUUGACAACUCCGGCUUCGAGCUCUACGUUGACCUUAUUCUUGCUGGUUACCUCUUGUCCGCUGGUCUGGCGACCACUGUCGUUUUCCACCCAAAGGUGAUCCCCUGGUUCGUCUCGGACGUCACCCCUCGCGACUUUUCCGACCUGUUGAACGCCCUGGGAGAUCCCCAGGGCUUCUAUACCACCGCCGAUGACUCAGGCCGAAAUAGCGAGCCCCUCUCCGACAAAGAGGUUUCCGACAUCCAGUUCCUCUUCGCUGAAUGGAGCCGUUUCCACCAGGAAGGCAAACUGAUCCUGCGUCCUCACCGGUUCUGGACUGGGCCCGGGUCCUUUUGGCGCCUUCCCGCCACGGCACCAGAGCUGUACGAGGACCUCAAGGAGAGUGAACUCGUCCUCUUCAAGGGCGAUCUCAACUACCGAAAGCUCACCUGUGAUGCUGACUGGGACCCUACCACCCCUUUCACCACCGCAAUUGGUCCCCUUGGACCCAAAUCGGAUAUCCGUAUCCUCGCAUUCCGCACCUGCAAGGCAGACGUGGUCGUCGGCCUGCCAUCCGGCAAGGACGAAGAGCUCAAACAGACACCCAACGGUGGCGGCAGCUCCGGAGCUAGGAAGUGGGCAUGGAGCGGCAAGUAUGCCGUUGUGUCGUUCUGCGAUGGGAAGGCUUAA